GUCGGCUUGUUUAGUGCACCCUGUCAACAACACUGCAACCUGAGACGGGAUAGCCAGUGGGCUAGCUAAUUCGACCAGCUAAGUUAGCUGCUAGCCCCCGUAUUACACAAGUACCACGACUCAUAGUUAUUCUUUAUUUCUUUGAAAGAUGUAUCAUGCUUGAAGUUGGUUCGACAAGAGAAGCAGCAGGAUUGACUUUUCCACUUGGACCGGGUUGGUUACAGUCCGUGGUCCGAGGCUGGCUCAACAGCUUCUUCAAAUUAUUCCUGCUGUGGGAUAUGACAUCACUGUUUGGUUACAACAAAAGCCAGGGCUUUACUGCAGACGGUUGACAUCUGCACAGGUGGCGUUCCAGAGGAUGGCUGCUCAGGUAGACGUUCAGACUGGCGAGGUGGGGAGGGCAGUGGUCGGAGGACGACUUCACCUGAGUCCUUUGACCGACUCCAGCAAUAAAGGCCUCAAUGAGAUCUCCUCCAUCACCCAGUCCCAUAUUAUCAGCCCCGAACCAAACAAACCCGCCCCAGUCCCCAAGCCACGGCUCACUCCCAAACCCUUCGCCAUGGAGAGAAACCCCACGAUUAAGCCCAUACUUGCCCCCAAGCCCCAGACCAAGCCCCGGCCAGAGUCCACUCGCCUCGCUGGAUACAAACCGGAGCCCCCAUGCAGUCCAAAACCUCAGCAACCGGUUGCCACUGGCAAACCCAGGCCACUGUUAACUAACACCAACCGGCCUUCCCCUACCACAUUUAAAACGACUAAUAAGUUGAACACUGGACAAACAAGCAAGCCAAUCGCCCAGCCAUUCAAACCUGCCCCUCCUCUUGACCUUGGCGACCCCAGCAAACCCAUUCGUCAUUUAACGUCAGAAAGGCAGAAGCCUCGUGCUUCAAACUUGGUGUAUUCCAAGAGUCUUAAACAACCUCCAGCAUCGGAGUGGUCUGGAACCACCAAGAAUCAAGAUGAGAAGGAACAGGCAAAAUCAAGCAAAAGUGGAGGCUCCAUUACCAGAGCCAAGUCCAUGGGUUUUCUUGCUCAGGUAGGGAAGGAAGAGGAAGAAAAGGAAAAAGAAAACCCAGAGGCAGCAGUGCUCCUGCGACCAAAGCCCAGGGCGUCCAGGCCCAGACCCGUGUCCGCCAUUUUCCUCGACAGUCCGACCGAGACACCGGCCCCUUCCCUUCGCUGGGCGAGACGACCCCUUUCGGCGGAUCUCACGGCCAGGUUUGAGUCAAUCGGUCUAUCUCUGCACCGUAAAACUCCCAAGGCAAACACUAAUGAGGACACGCCAGAGGAAAAAGAACCGGCACAGAAGAAGGAGCAGGAGAAAACGCCUAAAAGUAUCCCACAACAAAGUACUGAUGGUUUAAGCAAAAUAAAUACAGAAGAAAAGAAGCCGAAAGAAGCCGAAGAGGAUAAGCGCGCAGUUAGCGUCAAGUCCCGCAUCAGUCUCAUCCUCGACUCGUCCUCCUCUCCUGGGACGGGCGUCCCGGCCCAAGGGUCCGAUCUUCACUCCCCGGUGCAGCCGGUCCCUGCCACAGAACCACCAGUGGGUAUUCAGCAGAUCAUCAGGCAGCUGACCGAGGACACAUCACCAGUCCAGAGUCCCGCAGCCAAACCUGCGCCGAGGCCCCGUCCCUUGCCCUUCGACCUGACGAGAAGGUUUUCAUCCGAGCAGUCGACAGAUCUGGGCAAUGUUUUCUUCAGUGAGGCGACAGACCGCGAUGAGAUCAGCAAAGAUCCUCAGAGGAGGAUUGAAGAGGCAGCAAUCACCCCCAGUGACCAGAGGACCUUUGUGGAUCUAAGUGACUCCCAAGAGCCGCUGAAAAAGGCCUCUGCGCCCGAAGGGCCUAAGGCAGCAGAGGGGUCUGGCGCCACUUCGAAGGAAAGCGCUCCCAGGAGCGACGUACACACAGUGAAAGCAUCCUUGUUUGAAAAUGUUGUGGAGAGGCACAGUGUGCUGCUGGUGGAGGACAGCAAGCCCGUAAACGAGACUAGUGAUUGGCUCAGAAGCCCGCCUUUUAAGGGUCAAAGCGGUAAGGAUGACGGUGCGAUCGUCACUGCCACCCAGCAAGAGCCUCUAUCUCCAUCAAGCCCUGUGAGGGUCACACAUGCCUUUGACACCGUGCAAUCUGUGGAAGAGAGCAGGGCAGUGAGCGAGAACAUCCCAUCAGCACUGUGGGAGGACAAGGCCAUGACGCUGCGCUCCAGGCGCUCCGAGGGGGCCGGAUCAGCACACGGCGAACCAGCUGCGGCUCUGACGCCGGAACAGCAGCCUCGCAUUCUGAGAGUUGGUGCUUUGCAGAAGUGGACCUCCGCAGGUCCCGAUGCGACUGCAGAGAAAGGGGGGCUCAAGGAAUCUCAAACGGCAAGACAAGGGACUUCGAACGAAGACCGGGCCAGGCAGCUGGAAGCCGAACAGGAAGAAGUGGCCGCGGCUCCUAAACGUUUGAAAAUGCUGCAGUCUGAAGAGCAGCCGAAACCCAGAGCCACCUAUUUCGCUCUGACCGGACAAAUCCAGGAGCCGGUCUCUCCUGUCGAUGGAGGAGCAAGCCUAGUGGACUUUGAAAAUUUCUCUGUGAGGUCCGCACUAGGCGGCUCUCAGGGGAAGCUUCUUGCAACGAGGAGGAAUCCAUCAUUGGAUAAAGCUUUUGAAAAAAACUCCCAAGAUCCGGUUGAGGACUUGAUGAUGCGGGGCCUCGUUUCCCAAAGAGGGAUACGAUCGACUAUGGACGGACAGACAGCAGAGGAAAUUAUGCAAGAUGAAAAGAGACGAGAACUACAGAAAGAGACGGAAAAGCACAUGGCAAAAAUGCAAGAGAUUUUUCAGAGGGAAAAACAGAGACUGCUGGAAGUGGAGGAAGAAACACAUUUAGAGUUUGCACAAAUGAAGGAGAGGGACAUGCAAAGAGAAUUUGAAAGGCAAAGACAGAAAGCUUUUGAGAAGGAGAAACAGGAGUUUGAGGAGCAACAACGUGCACUGGAAAGGCAGAAACAGUUGGAGCUUGAACAGAGGCAGAAACUGCAGGAGCUGGAGAGAGCGAAACUAAGGGAGAUUGAAAAGGAGCGGCAACUACAGCAUGAGAAAGAAAGACGACAGAAAAUGGAGAGGCAGAGAAUGAUGGAAAGGGAGAAACUGCAGGAGCAGGAAAGGGAGAGACAGAGAAUGUUGGAAAGGGAGAAACUGCAGGAGCAGGAAAGGGAGAGACAGAGAAUGUUGGAAAGGGAGAAACUGCAGGAGCAGGAAAGGGAGAGACAGCGGGAACAGGAGAGGCAAAGACAAAGGGAGGAAGAGAGGCAGAGAGAGCUGGACAAGGAAAGACAGUUGCUGGUGCAAAGGGAGAAACAGAGGGUGCAGGAGCUGAGGAGAAUUAAGGAACAGGAAAGACUACAGCUAUUGGAGUUUGAAAAGCAGAUGCAGAAGGAAAAGGAGACACAGCAGCUCAUGGAGUCCGAGACGCAGAGACUGAGAGAAAAGACGGAGAAAGAGGCCGAGAAAAUGAAACAGAUGGCAUUAGACCAGGAGCUUUUAAGAAUGAAAGAGCUUAUUAAAGAAAGGGAAAGACAAAAGGAGAUGGAAAAGGAGCAUCGGAGAGAGGUUGAGAGAGAAAAGCAGAGAGAGCUGGAGAGACAGAGACAGAGGGAUUUAGAAAGGGAGAGACAGAGACAACUCGAUAACGAGAGACAGGAAUUGGAAAAGCAGAGGCUGAGGCAACGGGAACUGGAGAAGGAAAGGCAGAGGAAAGAGGAGUUGGAGGAAAUCAAAGAGAUGGAGAGAAGACGGCUCCUGGAGUUGGAAAAGCAAAAGCAGGCAGAGAGGGACCGACGGCACAUUUUGGAGGCGGAGAAGCGCAGACUGAGGGAGAGCGCAGAAAGGGGGGAGGCAGAUAAAAUGAGGCACAUAGCCAAGCAGCAGGAAGGGGAGAGGCAGCGGCUAAAAGAGAGACAGGAGAGGGCGAGGAUGGAGUCGUCGCCUCUCAGGCCUCAGGUGUUGGAUCCGACCUCCGUGCGCCGAAGCAAGUCGUUCUCCAAGGCCCCCUCCCAGCGCAGCGACCCCGCGACACGUUGGAAGGAGCCGUCCCCGCGAGGGGACGCGUCUUACCGACCCGCCAUCCUCGACAUUGACUCCUUCACGUCUCAAGUUCAGCCUUCCCCCGGCAAAGACCUGUUUCCCGUUCCCCAGGGAGCGGACGCGGCAUCCGGAGCUAGGUUACAACCGCCUGCGCCGGACGUAGAUGUAAGCUGGAGGCUGCCGCAGCAGACCUCGGGCAUCACGAGCCCAGUGUGGACGACGUCGUCCCUCCAGGACCCGUGGGAACUGCGGCCCGUUGAGAUCCCCCUGGACAAACCUGUGGCGGUGACCAGAAGAAGUAGCGGCAAGCUCACCCCCGAGCAGCUCCUCCUCAGGCAGGGGGAGCGGCUCCUGGCUCCACAGAGGCCCUACAGCAGCGCUCCCCAGGAGCAGUUAUGGCAGCAGCAGCAGCCGCAGCAGCAGCAGCAGCCCCAGCAGCCCCAGCAGCAGCAGCAGCAGCAGCAGCAGCCCCAGCAGCCCCAGCAGCCCCAGCAGCAGCAGCAGCCGCAGCAGCAGCAGCAGCAGCAGCAGCCUCCGGACAGCAGGGGAGAGGUGCUCAGCCAGAGGAGAUCACAGGGUUCUCAGGAGUUGAACAGGAUGCGGUCUCGCAGUGUUUCCCGGCGAUCGGCUCCUUCGAGCAGUGUUUUGGAGAGAAGCCUUUCCAGGAUAAGGAGCCGCAGCGCCCACCGCGAACAGGACGGCGACAGCUGGGUGCAGCAGAAGCAGAGCGACUCUGGCGACGAGGAGGGGAAGGACUCGGGAACUCCGGUCCGCGACAACGACAGUCAGUACGGCACCUGGGAGACCGGACUGCGCACCGAUGACAGCCUCACUCCUGCCACUCCCAGCUCGGAGAGCAAUCCCAGCCCUUCAUCAAGGAAGCCCACUCCCACUCGCACGUCAGGUGAUCACGCCUCGCUGUUCGAGACGGACACUCUGGACAGCCUCCUUCCCUCCCCCCCAUCUGGGAGCCAGCCACUCUCUUUUCCCGACACCCCGACCACUCUCUUGGACACCAGCGCCCUUCGCUCCAGAGCCCAACUGGGGAAGAAACGAGCGCCACGGACACGUCCCUCCAGAGCCGCCCGUCAGACGGAGGGAGAGGGAGGAGCCACCGAGGACUGGCUUUUCACGGACUCAACAGAGGCAAAGGCUGAGACUAAGGACGACGACUCUGACACUGUGGAGCCGACCAAAGGAGCAGACGCCAGCGCGGCUGCUUCCUCUCAGCCACAGAGGAUUGCCCUGUUCCCCGGGAUGGACCCUUCAGCCUUAAAGGCCCAGUUGAGGAAGAGGGGCGACUCUGACAAUCAAAUCGACGGAGCGGCUCCCUCUCCUUCACAGCUUUCUCGCUCUCCCAAGUCUCCCUUUCUUCCCAGGGCAGCGCGUGUACUGCCCCCUGCUGGUGGGAAAGAGAAUGGUGAGGAGAACUCCCCCCAGUGGUUGAAAGAGCUGAAGUCCAAGAAGCGCCUGAGUCAGUAUGACAAUGACAGCUAAGUAAAUAAUGAGGUUGCCUUAACAGAUGAAUCUAUAUGAAAAUAAAGCCUUAAUGUCCGACACGGAGAAGAGAGGUGAAUCUACAGCUGCUGUUGUAUUUUUUUUUUUUCUGUUCAUUUUUUUGUUCUUUUCCCAUCUGGGUUGAUAAAUGUGCAUGGUGCCUUUUUUUUAUGGAGAGUCUUCUGGAAAAAGAAAUCAACACGAAGCAAGGAGGGGAAAAAACAAAACAAACGGGCUUGAUCCAUUUCAUGCUUGAACCUGUAGAAGCACGUCUGCACCUGGAGGCACUUCAAAUGAACACUUUAAUAGGGACCAGGAGCGAUUGGGCGGGGAGAGAAGGCGAUUAUUGGCUGUUAUUUCCAGUCCAGCCAAAUUUCAGGAAAUAGUUAGUGUGUGGGAGCACGACGCCUCUUCAUCACAUGCUGAAGGACAAUCCAGCGGGUCUUUCCCACGGUGUUUGUAUCUAGUCCCGUACUUAUGUACUCGUCUAAUAUGUACACACUGGCUGUGUGUGUGCGUUUGGGAAUUUGUGUGUUAUCCGUGGCGGUUGUCGAUGGUGGUCACACAAAGCGAUGCCACGGGACAACAUUUCAAACACUAACGAUUUUCCUUCUUGAACAAAUCACUGCUGGUUGCUCGUAGAGAGUUUAUCAUGUUAGUAACUAAUCAGGAGAUGUUAUAUUUGUAUUAUCAUUGAUCUGACAGAGCUAGUUUUUAUUACAUUUGAUGCAUCACUACAAUGGACUUGGUGACACUCCACAACCCUAACCUUGUCACAGUUUCUACAUUCUGUACUUGUGUUUUUUUGUUGUAAGUAUCUAAGAAGACGCACAUGGGACUUUUUAGUCAAGUGACUUUAUCUGUCCAUGCCUAAUCCUUAUCAGCACAAAGACACUAUUCAAUCAUUUGAAUAUACAGUACAAGUCAAAGGUUUGGACACAUUUUCUCAACCAAUUCAAUGAGAAAGUGUGUCUCAAUUCUGACUGGUACUGCAUUAGACCACACUAAUCAGCCUGUGUUCCCUCCUUAAAAGCUUAAAUGAUUGUAGCUGUAAGCAUUCAUCACAAGCCAUACUUGUGGCCCUCACACACUCCUCAAUCAUGUUAGAAACGUGUAUGUAUAUACAUAAAUAUAUUUUCUCCAACGACUGUGCAAUUUCCCAUGAUUUUGUCCCCAUCAAUGUGCAUGCACAAUCUUGGCUGUCGAACCAGGCAUUGCUCAGACUUACACUACUCCAAUGUUCACUACAUCGCUUAGAUUCCUACCUUCAUGAUACUCUCAAAAAACAUUAACAUUUGCACCUGCUUCAUCUUGGCGAUCAUCUUAUUCCUGGUGGUUGUCCAUCCAGCCACGCUGCGCUUCUAUAAAGCACUUUGUCACUUGAUGCCCUACAGGUCUGACCUAGGCCUCCUCCUAUUGGCCCGUUGUCGUCUGUAAUGUCGGAGUGCUCGCGCAAUGCAAGUGAAUCUGUUAAUCGAGUCUUCAGAGUGGUUGUCCCUGGUUUCUAUGUAAAUGAAGUUUUACUCUGUCUUGAAUUUGAGGUUUAUUUUUUUUCAUGUCUUUGUUUGUCCCCCUUUUUUUUAUUUGAAAGUAAAAAUGUAUAUAGCACUGUGUUGUACUGGCCAGUGUUCUAAGGUGAAUACAUUCUUAAUAAAAUGUACUUUACUUGA